AUGGGGAAUGGUAACAUCAGUUCAGCUGCAUAUCAAUCCUCUGGGCUGGAAGCAGCUUCCAGACACAUACAAACAGCCUCUAUUGUCAUCUACUGUGUGAUAUUUAUAGUUGGCACUCUGGGCAAUGGUUUGGUUAUCUACGUGACAGGCUUCAAAAUGCAGAAAACAGUGGAGACAGUUUGGUUUCUCAACCUGGCCAUAGCUGACUUUCUCUUCACAGCCUUCCUGAUUUUCUCAAUCAUUUCUCUCUCUCAGAGUCACCAGUGGCCUUUUGGACAAUUCAUGUGCAAGCUCAACACCUUUGUGAGUGUAGUCAACAUGUUUGCCAGUAUCUUUACUCUGAUGGUGAUGAGUUUGGAUCGUUAUUUGUCCAUCUGGAUGGUGGUGUGGGCCCACAACAAGCGCACAGUCUGCAAAGCUCAGCUCAUAUGUGUUGGUAUCUGGGUGAUUGCUGCGGUCUGCAGCACUCCUUAUGCCACUUUUCGCACUGUUUCAGAAAGCAAUGGGAGUCAUUAUUGUCACUAUAAUUUUACAAGCAAGGAAUCAACAUGGAGUCUAUAUACUUUUCGCUUUCUUAUGGGCUUUGUGAUUCCAUUCCUGGUAAUACUUGUGACUUAUGUAGCCAUAGGCAUCCGUGCAAUGCGCAUGCCGAGAACAAGGCGACAGAGAUCCUGUCGAAUCAUUUUCGCCAUCAUUUUUACAUUCUUCAUCUGCUGGUUACCCUUCCACGUUUUCAACUUCAUAGAACCAGCUUCAACUAACCCAGAUCUCAGGAACAUUGUUAGAAUCAUAGGUCCUCUGACUGUGAGUCUGGCUUUUCUGAACAGCUGCCUGAACCCCAUCCUCUAUGUUUUCAUGUGUGAAGAAUUCACGAAGAAGCUUCGGCAGUCCAUAUGUUUUGUACUUGAGAGUGCUCUGGCAGAGGACCACAUAUCAUUUAUGUCCACUCACUCCAUGUCAUUAACUUUGUUAAAGACUUUCCAAAAGUCAGACGCUGCAGCAACUUCAAAUAGGACGGACACGGCUGAUUUGAAAUCCUUCACAGAAAGCAAAGUGAUCACAGAGGAGACACCGAACACUGAAUAA